GUCUAUAUGUCUAUGCAUUUUAUGAUGUGAUAUGACAAAAUAAUCAAUAAUCUUGAAUCUGCAAUUUUUUUUUUUUUUUUUUCUAACAAAAUAUAUACAAUGCCCUUCCGCGUUCCCGUGAAUCGUACGAAAUUCUCGAAAUCCGACUACAAGGAGCCGACGAAUUUGGAGGAGCACAAGAGGGAGUUGUUAUCCACCGGACAGGCGACCAUAUAUCAGAUACUGAACGAAAUGGACGUGGAUUAUGGAAUGUCCGACGGUUUUAACUACGGUUCUUACGGAAGGUACGCGACCUCUAGGAAUAAACACAUAAGGAAGCCCGUGGGGCCCCUGGAGCUGUAUCGAGCCCCGCCGGCCGAGUCGAUGAAAUGCGGCUUUUGGAUGGCGGACUCCUGUUUAAGACCGGAAGACCCGUGGUAUCAGCCGAGACAACGGUAUGCGAGGUGGAAAACUGACGUGGUUCAAUUUGUAGAUGCGGCGUUGAAAAUCGAUAAAAUGUUCAAAUGCUAGAAAUGAUGAAUUAUAAUUUAUUUCGAGUC